AAGGAAGUUAUCAAAUAAAAGGCAAGAGGAUUGUUUAAAAUUUCCGACGAUAUCCUCCUGUAGAAAGGCACAAUUUAAGUCGUCAUGUUUUUGGAAUAAAAUAAAAGGCGAUUUGUUCAUUUGCUUAAGAAAAGUUUUACUGAGAUGUAAAGAAAUUUUGAAGCAGAAAGUUCUUUUUGACCCAGGGACAAACAGAGGCCUUUGGUUUUUCAUAAACCCCAUUUCUCUUUAGCAAACCGUUCCUAAUUUACUACGUCAUUUUCUCUUAUAAGAUUAUUUUCUAUAAACUUGUGUUCGUGUUUGUUUGAAAAUAUUGAAUGUUUUUAUUAAAAAGCACGUAAGAAUCCCUGUAUAAAACAAUAUUUUUAAAACACAAAUACUGUUUACACUGACGCCCGCGCGCACCUUGAGAUUGUUGUUACAACAAAUUGAGUUUGUUAAACGGUGGAAUUUCUAUAAAAUGCUCGCGACGGCAAAACCCGACGUCUUCGAAAAUGGCCCACGUGAGCGUUUUGCCGUUCAUUCUGUUCGUCUUGGCUUUCUCUCCCUCGUUAGGACUGCCUCAAGGAAUGACCCUUGAAGAACUCUGCGCCAGGUGCAAUGGUACGUUGGAAAUUAGAGAUGGGGACGUUGCACAUUGCAUCGUAUCGACAGAUACGGAUAUGGAAGCAGCACAGAGAGCUUCGGCAGAAGCGUUCGAAGAAGGGCUAACCAUGGUGCCCGAACUAAAAGUUGAAAGUGGAGUUCUUGACCGAGAUGAAGAAACCGAGGGCGAGCAGGAAGAACAGGAGAUAGUCGUCCCUCUCAACGAAAGGACUUUCAUCGACGGAAAAGAGCUCGAAAUGGAGCCAGUUCGAGACCAUCUCAACGAAGUCGACAGCGUCGAUUUGAUAUCCGCCGGUGACUUGGACAGUGCGAUUUUCUACGAUGUUUCCACACCCAAAAAUAUGCUGACCCAGGAAGAAAAUACCUUAUAAAAUAGACCUUUAGCAAUCCACCUGAGAUUGAAAUCAGCACGUGGUAUAUAUGAAAUUAGAAUUGAAUUGGCUGUUAAAAAUUCGUCGUUUUCAAUAUUCAGCACUGGAUAAAACCAAUGCCGGUUAAUUUAAAGAUUCUUCGACAAUUUCUCUGUCAAGCUAUUUAUUUCAAUCUACUCUUUCUUUACUAUUUAUUAUUACAUUUUAAUCAAAAAUACUUCUUGAGUAUAUACUUCGAGUAGUUAGAUUUACUGUUUUUAUCUAAUUGAGUAUAUUCUAUCUCUACAAAUUGAAAAGUACCUGUGUAGGGAAGAUAAGCGAACUAUUUAAUACAUAAGCAUAAUAUAGUUUUAUCUUUGUAAAAAAAGUAGAAUUUAAAAAUAUAUACUUUUGUAUCUA